AUGGCCUCCGAACUGAGCAACGCCAUGCAAGCUCUGCACCUUGCCAGCGAUGGAGAUGACGGUACCUCCUUCGAUGCUAUCGACGACAUUUUCGACAAAAUCAUAACCCCUAACUCUAAUUCCAACCCCGAGACCCAAGACCCCGCCCGCCUCCGCGCCGAACUCGAAGCCAAGUACCUCACCCCCUCAGCCACGUUCUCCGACGAAUGGCUCGACAAGCUCCAGCAACGCUGGGACACCCCCGCCGACUACUCCCUCCUCUCCCGCAUUGCGCCGACCCAGUCACGCAGCGUCACGCGCUUCAUCCGCCACGGCCUUGAGGGCCGUGUCACGGGAUAUCGAAAUGUCACCGUCCCUGCAUCACACGCCACGGCCAAGUCGAGCACGUCCAUGCUGCGGAAGCCGGCGGGACGCGCUGAUUUUGUGCGCGGGGCCGCUGGCUUUUUCCCGUUUGCGCCUGGCGGGUUGGACGGGAUUGAGUCGACGGCUGCGCUGGAGGAUCAGUUGCGGGGUGGGGCUGGGGAGGCAGAUGAGGGGGAUAGUAGGAAGAAACUGGAAAGGGUGAUUAAGUUGGGGGAGGGUGGGCUGCUAGAGGUGGCUCCGGGCCUGGACAGGGGGAUUGAUUUCAGUAAGAGGCGGAAGGCUGCCGACGCGGAUAGCGAGAGGCAGGCAAAGGAGGUGGAAGAUGUGCUGGAUCAGGAGCCCGAGACUGCCCCUGAUGGAGGAGAAGAGGCCGACGGAGAUAAGGCCCGGCCGGCCAAUGGACAAAAGGGCGGCGAGGAGGACGACGACGUAGACUUGGAAGAUAUUGACUCCAUUCUGCCCGUCGAAUUCCCCGCCCUCGAGCCCCGCGGUGCACUAGCUGCUUCUAGUGCUAGGAAAGCUGGUCGCGAGUGGGCUCAUAUGGUCGAUAUCAACCGGGAGAUGCCCAACUUCCGGGAGUUGGUCCCGGACAUGGCGAGGGAAUGGCCCUUCGAGCUCGACACUUUCCAAAAGGAGGCUGUUUACCACCUUGAGAACGGCGACUCGGUUUUUGUGGCCGCACACACGUCAGCCGGGAAGACGGUCGUGGCGGAAUAUGCCAUCGCGCUCGCGGCACGGCACAUGACCAAGGCCAUCUACACGUCGCCCAUCAAGGCCCUGAGCAACCAAAAGUUCCGCGACUUUAGGCAGACCUUUGACGAGGUCGGCAUCUUGACGGGCGAUGUGCAGAUCAACCCCGAGGCGAGCUGCCUCAUCAUGACGACCGAGAUUCUGCGGAGUAUGCUCUACCGUGGGGCUGACCUGAUCCGAGAUGUCGAGUUUGUCAUUUUCGACGAGGUUCACUACGUCAACGAUUUCGAGCGUGGUGUGGUCUGGGAAGAGGUCAUUAUCAUGUUGCCCGAGCACGUCUCGCUGAUCUUGCUCUCUGCCACGGUCCCGAACACGCAUGAGUUUGCGUCAUGGGUCGGUCGGACGAAGCAGAAGGAUAUCUACGUCAUUUCGACGCCAAAACGGCCGGUACCCCUGGAGCACUACCUGUGGGGCAACAAGAACAUCUACAAGAUCGUCGAUUCCGACAAGAAGUUUGUGGAGAAAGGCUGGAAAGAGGCCGACUCCGCAAUUCGGGGGAAGGAUAAACAGAAGGCGUUGCCGCCAGCAGGGGCACCGACAGGGCGUGGCGGCGCCAACGCCCGAGGUGGCCGUGGAGGACCGCAACGGGGCGGUAAUCCGCAGCGCGGAGGCGGACGAGGUGGGAAUCAACAGCGAGGUGGCCGUGGCGGGCCUCCCAGGGCAAGUCACGCUCCGGGGCAUAUGGGACGUGCAGGGCGGCCGGGUGGUUACACGUCGGCUGCCCAGGAUAAGAACGUCUGGGUUCAUCUUGUUCAAUUCCUGAAGAAGGGGAACCUCCUUCCUGGUUGCAUCUUCGUCUUUUCGAAGAAGCGGUGCGAGGAAAACGCCGAUGCGCUCAGCAACCAAGACUUUUGCACCGCGCAGGAGAAGAGCGCCAUCCACAUGACCAUCGAGAAAUCGAUCGCACGCUUGAAGCCGGAGGAUCGGGUCCUUCCCCAAAUUAUCCGGCUCAGGGAGUUGCUCUCACGCGGUAUCGCCGUGCACCAUGGUGGCCUGCUCCCCAUUGUCAAGGAGCUCGUCGAGAUUCUGUUCGCUCAGACUCUGGUUAAGGUGUUGUUCGCUACUGAGACCUUCGCCAUGGGUUUGAACCUCCCUACCAGAACUGUCGUUUUCUCGGGAUACCGGAAACACGACGGUCAUUCUUUCCGAAACCUGCUUCCCGGAGAGUACACCCAGAUGGCCGGGCGAGCUGGGAGACGUGGCCUCGACACCGUCGGCUCCGUCAUCAUUGUCCCACCGGGCGGGGACGAGGCACCGCCUGUGACCGACCUCCGACAAAUGAUCCUCGGCGAGCCUAGCAAGCUCCGGUCACAGUUCCGGUUGACCUACAACAUGAUUCUGAACCUCCUCCGUGUGGAGGCACUCAAGAUCGAGGAAAUGAUUAAGCGCAGUUUCUCAGAGCAUGCCACCCAACAACUCUUACCUGAGCACGAGAAGGCCGUCAAGCUUUCCGAGGCCGAUUUGGCCAAGGUCAAGCGGGACCCCUGCCCAAUCUGUGAUGGCCACAUGGACGCGUGCCACCAAGCGGGCGAGGACUAUAAACAGUUGACCGAGGAGCUCUACCGCAUGCUCUUGGCGAACCCAAUCGGCCGCAAGAUGUUUAUGCCUGGGCGGCUGAUUGUCUGGAUGAAGGACGGCGUUCGCACACCUGGUAUCUUGUUGUCCGAAGGGGCGAGUGUCAAGAGCAGCGCGGCGAACCCCACGCUGCACGUUCUUGAGAUCAAGACCAACCGAGAGACGCGCAACGAUACGGAUAUUCUUCCCUUCAUACCGGCGUUCCGGAAGCACUUCACCCUAUUGCCCCAGGCUAAGAAGAACAUCGCGACCAAGACCCUGCACAUUCCCAUCACCGACAUCGUGUGCCUUACCAAGCAUAUCACCAAGGGCAUUUUGCCCGACAUUUUCGGUGGUGAAGGCUAUCCAAAGGCCAAGGAGAGGUUACAUCAUCUCUGCAGAACAUGGAACUCGGAUAUCUGGGACGAGAUGGAUCUCGGUCGCAUCCGGAACAUUGCCGUCCACGAGGUCGCCACGAAACGACACGCAGCCGAGGUAGCCGCGCUCAAGUCUCCCGCGGUCGACUGCUGCAAACUCUUCCUCAAACACUACGCCAUGUGCCACGACCAGUGGCUCAUCCAAACUCACAUCCAGCAGCUCCGCCAGAGCUUAUCCGAACAAAACCUGCAGCUGCUGCCCGACUACGAACAGCGCAUCCAAGUGCUCAAGGACCUCUCCUUCAUCGACGACGCCACCCGCAUCCAGCUCAAGGGCAAGGUAGCCUGCGAGGUGCACUCCGGUGACGAGCUGGUGCUCACGGAGCUCAUUCUGGAGAACGUGCUUGCCGACUACGAGCCCGCGGAGAUCGCGGCGUUGUUGUCCGCCUUUGUGUUCCAGGAAAAGACCGACUCUAUCCCGCGACUGACGGCCAACCUUGAGCGAGGCAUGAAGACCAUUGUGGAUAUCUCGGAGAAGGUGAACAAUAUCCAGACCUUGCACCAGGUCAUCCAGACCAGCGACGAGGGCAGCGAUUUCGUGUCGAAACCGCGCUUUGGCUUGAUGGAAGUUGUGUACGAAUGGGCCAGGGGGAUGAGCUUCAAGAAUAUCACGGACUUGACGGAUGUUUUGGAGGGGACGAUUGUGCGGACCAUCACCCGGCUGGACGAGACGUGUCGCGAGGUGAAGAAUGCGGCGAGGAUUAUUGGCGAUCCGGCGCUGUACAUGAAGAUGGCAGAGGCGCAGGAGUUGAUCAGGAGGGAUAUUACCGCUGUGGCGAGCUUGUACAUGUAG